AUGGUCAAAGAAACCAAAUUUUACGAUCUUCUCGAGGUGCCGCCGACAGCCUCUGAAGCAGAUCUCAAGAAGGCAUACCGCAAAAAAGCGCUUCGACUACAUCCAGACAAAGGGGGCGAUCCAGAGCUCUUCAAGGAAGUCACCCAAGCAUACGAUGUGCUCUCUGAUCCUGACAAACGCGAAAUCUAUGAUCGCUCAGGAGAAGCCGGUUUGAAUGCGGCAGGGAGCGGUGGAAUGGGCAUGGACCCAACGGAAAUGUUUGCUCAAAUGUUUGGUGGCGGAUUUGGUAUGCCGCGCGAUCGAGGACCACGCAAAGGCAAAGAUCUCGUUCAUCGUGUUGGCGUCACGCUCGAAGACUUGUACAAGGGCAAGACGACCAAGCUUGCUCUCACCAAGCAUGUCAUUUGCUCGAAGUGCAGCGGCAAGGGUGGCAAGGAAGGUGCCGUCAAGCAGUGUCCUGGUUGCAAUGGACGCGGUAUCAAAGUCACGUUACGACAAAUGGGGCCCAUGCUGCAGCAGAUCCAGCAGCCCUGCGGCGAGUGCGAUGGCACAGGAGAGAUUAUCAACCCAAAGGACCGAUGCAAGACGUGCCUCGGCAAAAAGGUUGUCUCGGAGAAAAAGUUCCUCGAGGUUCACAUCGACAAGGGCAUGAAGAAUGGCCAAACCAUUACGUUUGCGGGCGAGAGCGACCAAGCACCAGACAUUGUCCCGGGCGAUGUCGUAAUUGUCAUAGAAGAAAAGCCUCAUGCCGUCUUCAAGCGUCAGGACAACAACCUCAUUGUAGAUGUAGAGGUCGACCUCUUGACCGCGCUCGGAGGUGGCCAGUUCAGCAUCAAACAUCUUGACAACCGUGCACUUCUCGUUAAUCUAAUACCAGGCGAAGUAAUAAAGAAUGAUUCGGUCAAGGUCAUUCGUGGACAGGGUAUGCCUUCGCAACGCCAUCACGACCACGGAGAUCUCUUUGUCAACCUUCGUGUCGCCUUCCCAGACAGAAUCGACCCGGCUGUUGUCCCGUUGCUGGAACAAGCACUACCGCCUCGAACACCGGCGCAAACGUACCCGCCCGAUGUUGUGACAGAGGAGGUCGAUCUAGAGGACAUGGACGCCCGACAGCAGGCAGAACAUGCUAGGGGAGACGCCAUGGAUGAAGAUGACGACCAUCAGCCCAAAGUACAGUGUGCCAACCAGUAA